GGACUGACCUACCGACCUUUCUUCCGGGUCCAGAAGGUGAUCUCCGUCCGUGCUCAAAAUCCAAGAGCCCGGGGCUGUAGGUAGGAGUUAAGUGGGUAGGGUCCCUUAACCAGGGUUGUCCGGUACAGGUGGCGUGUGUUGUUUCGCCUAACGUGUCAGUGGCACAAAUCACGCGAACUUCAUAAACAUUGUGCCUUCGGAAGCCUUUCCAAGAUGCAUUUAAUCCCUGCGUGAGCCCAUGUUAGGCAUUCACAAAGGCAUGUGCGCUGUUCUCUCGGAAGCGGCCGGCCGGCUUCCCCUCCUCGCGCGCGGCUGUGGGUGCAGGUCCUCACGUCCCAGCCUCCCAUGGGCCCAAGGCCUUCUGGGCUCCAAUUUGAGGCGAAGCCACCCCAGAUCCGUAAUUUUCUGCAGUGAUUUAUUUUUAUGUUUCAGCGAUCUGGAAAAUGAGGCCCAAAGGAAACAAGUGACUUGCUGAUUCCAGAUAACACUUACUGUCAGAGAGAAACAUGAACCAGAAGCUACUGAAGUUGGAGAACUUGCUACGAUUUCACACUAUUUAUAGGCAACUGCACAGUCUGUGUCAAAGAAGAGCAUUAAGACAGUGGAGGCAUGGGUUUUCAUCUGCUUACCCUGUGUGGACAGCUCAACUGUAUGCCUGGCCCUGGCCAACAGAUGUGCUCACUGGGGCUGCUUUAUCUCAGUAUAGGCUUCUAGUAACAAAAAAGGAAGAAAGACCAUGGAAAUCUCAGUUAUCUUCAACAAAAUCUAAAAAGGUGGUAGAAGUAUGGAUUGGAAUGACUAUUGAGGAACUGGCCAGGGCAAUGGAAAAGAACACAGAUUAUGUAUAUGAAGCUUUAUUGAACACUGCUAUUGACAUAGAUUCACUGGAAGCAGACUCACAUUUAGAUGAAGUCUGGAUCAAAGAAGUGAUAAUGAAGGCAGGGAUGAAGUUAAAGUGGAGUAAAUUAAAACAGGACAAAGUCAAAAAAAAUAAAGAUGCUGUAAGAAGGCCCCAGGCAGAUCCAGCUUUAUUAACCCCAAGGUCCCCAGUUGUUACUAUAAUGGGCCAUGUUGAUCACGGGAAAACGACAUUACUUGACAAACUUCGAAAAACUCAAGUGGCAGCAAUGGAAACUGGAGGCAUCACUCAGCACAUUGGUGCCUUUCUUGUCUCUCUGCCUUCUGGGGAAAAGAUAACUUUUCUUGAUACUCCAGGACAUGCUGCUUUCUCAGCAAUGAGAGCCAGAGGUGCUCAGGUCACUGACAUUGUCAUAUUGGUUGUAGCUGCAGAUGAUGGAGUGAUGAAACAAACUGUAGAAUCUAUUCAGCAUGCCAAAGAUGCACAAGUUCCUAUUGUCCUUGCCAUAAAUAAAUGUGACAAAGCUGAGGCUGAUCCUGAGAAAGUGAAAAAAGAGCUGCUGGCAUAUGAUGUGGUAUGUGAAGAUUAUGGAGGUGAUGUUCAGGCAGUGCCUGUCUCUGCACUUACGGGCAAUAAUCUGAUGGCUUUGGCAGAAGCAACAGUUGCUCUUGCAGAAAUGUUAGAAUUGAAAGCAGAUCCCAAUGGUCCAGUGGAAGGAACAGUAAUAGAGUCUUUCACAGACAAAGGAAGAGGUGUUGUUACUACAGCUAUAAUUCAAAGAGGAACUUUAAGAAAAGGCUGUGUUCUGGUUGCCGGAAAAUGUUGGGCAAAAGUACGCUUAAUGUUUGAUGAAAAUGGAAAAACAAUUGAUGAGGCCUAUCCCAGUAUGCCAGUGGGAAUUACAGGCUGGAGAGACCUUCCUUCUGCAGGAGAAGAAAUUCUUGAAGUAGAAUCUGAGCCAAGGGCACGUGAAGUUAUUCACUGGAGGAAAUAUGAACAAGAACAGGAGAAAGGUCAAGAGGAUCUGAAAAUAAUAGAAGAAAAGCGAAAGGAACACCAAGAAGCACAUCAGAAAGCCCGUGAGAAGUAUGGCAAUCUACUGUGGAAGAAGAGAGCAUUUCUACGGUUUUUAGAAAGAAAAGAACAAAUAGCCUUAAAGCCAAAAGAGAAAAUGGAAAGAGAUUCAAAUGUAUUUUCUGUGAUUAUUAAAGGUGAUGUUGAUGGUUCUGUUGAGGCCAUUUUGAACAUUAUAGAUACCUAUGAUGCUUCACAUGAGUGUGAACUAGAAUUAGUACAUUUUGGAGUGGGUGAUAUAAGUGCAAAUGAUGUUAACCUUGCUGAAACAUUUGAUGGUGUUAUAUAUGGCUUUAAUGUGAAUGCAGGCAAUGUUAUCCAGCAGUCAGCUGCAAAAAAAGGAGUAAAAAUUAAACUUCACAAAAUAAUUUACCGUCUUGUUGAAGAUUUGCAAGAGGAACUGAGCAGCAGAUUACCCUGUGCUGUGGAAGAGCACCCAGUGGGUGAGGCAUCUAUACUAGCUACCUUCUCUGUGACAGAAGGGAAGAAAAAAGUUCCUGUGGCUGGCUGCAGAGUCCAAAAGGGACAGUUAGAAAAACAAAAAAAAUUUAAAUUAACCCGUAAUGGACAUGUAAUUUGGAAGGGCUUAUUAACCUCAUUGAAACACCAUAAAGAUGACAUUUCAAUUGUCAAAACGGGAAUGGAUUGUGGUCUCAGUUUAGAUGAAGAAAAUAUGGAAUUUAAAGUGGGAGACAGAAUUGUUUGUUAUGAAGAAAAGCAAAUUCAAGCCAAGACUUCUUGGGAUCCAGGAUUUUAAAAUUAUAUUAAAAAUGUAAAUAACUCAA